UUUUCAAUCCAAGUAGCUAUUUCGUGAAAGAUCUAUUUUAUACUUUUUAAAAUUGUAAAUCAUUACUGUGUAAUUGAAAAUUAGAGGUCAUUCCAAUUACGUUGAAAGCCAUGUCUUCUUUCAGGCGCAUUACAAAGUUGGUGGUCAACAUAAAGGAGCGUGAGACGCACAUUAUCUAUGAUGAUGGCUUAGGACGUAAGAUUUGCGGCAAUUCCCUCAAGUAUAUGUUCCAGAGUGGUGAGCCACCAGUCCAGCACAAUAUGAGCUCUACAAGCGUCUUUAGUAAAGCUGCUCACUUUCUGAGACAUCACUUUGGUCCAAAGAGCACAACAGCAAUAGAAAUGACGCCAGGUGCCAUCAGGCGUCUCUACCAUGUGUGGCCACUGCCUGAAACUUCUUCAAGUGAAUCGGAGGAUGAGGGAAUGCAGCAGCAGAAUUGGAUAGAAGAGUUUGAUAUUGGGCCAAAAACCUCAGUGGUUGGGGAAGAUGAAUGGGCAAGCUGCUUCGGGGAUUUUACGGUUGAUAGCGGUUCAAGCUCCGAGUAUUUUUCAUUCAUAGCUCAAACAUCAAGCGAGCCUCAGGAAUCAUUUCUGACAUCCUCCAGGAGAACUUCCGAGCAACCGAAACAGAAUGAGGCGGUGAAGUAUACGGUGCGUGUUAAAAAGUUGAACACAGUACAGCCACAGUGGGCGACAUACCUGGAGUGGCCAACCGCCCAAUUAAAGGUCUUUAAUCGCGCUUGGCACUUACAAAGCUGUACUACACGCACACAUUUUACACAGCUAAAGCCGAAAUGCAAGUGCCACAGAAUAAAGGAGUUAAUGGAUUCCAUCAAUGAGCUGGUUAGUUGUUCACAUCUUGAGGACAAUGGUGCAGAUGCGAUCAACAAAUCCCCUGAUUGGACUGAUUCCAUGAUCAAAAUGAAUAAAUACUUGAAGGAGUUGAAUGAUAUUUUGGCAGAACAGACCCAGCUCACAGAAAGCAGCGCUUAAUGUGAAUAAUUUACAAAAGUGCAGACUGCGAUCAGCUGCGAGGUAUUUGUAAUGCAUAUUUAUAAAAACUAAGAGGGUAAUUCUUAUGAAAUCAAAUGAUAUGAGUUUAUACAUGAAAUAAAAUUUUAAUGUUUAAAGCUACCUACA